CUCGCCGGUGGUUCAUUUCCUUUCUGAUUUCCCCCGCUCUGCCCACCUCUUCUGCUGUUUCGAUUGCAGCCUCGCGGGCACAUGGCAUGUCUGAUGGCAGCUUUCUCAGUGGGCGCCGCUUUGAAUGCCAGCAAUUCUGCAUUUGCUAUGUCUGAGGCAAAGUCAGUAUGCGUUUCAGUGGAUGAGGUGCUCGCCAAUGGCACAGACACACAGGAUGUGCAUUUGCUCAGUUGCCAUUUAAAAAAGGUGGACAAUGCUUUUACGGAGGCCCAUCGCUUCUCCUACCUUCCCCGGAGACCAGCUGUGAACAUUGAAUUUAAAGAACUCUCCUACUCUGUCCAGGAAGGACCAUGGUGGAGGAAGAAGGGAUUCAAGACCCUGUUGAAAGGAAUUUCAGGAAAGUUCAGCAGUGGAGAACUUGUGGCAAUUAUGGGUCCAUCUGGAGCUGGGAAGUCAACACUCAUGAACCUUCUAGCAGGUUAUAGAGAGACUGGGAUGAAGGGAGAGAUUCUCAUAAAUGGACAACCACGUGACCUGCGCUCUUUCCGCAAAGUGUCCUGUUACAUUAUGCAAGAUGACAUGCUGCUUCCGCACCUUACUGUCCAAGAAGCCAUGAUGGUUUCUGCUCACCUGAAACUGCAAGAAAAGGAUGAAGGCAGGAGAGAAAUGGUAAAAGAGAUCUUGACAGCUCUAGGCUUGCUGCCCUGUGCCAAUACCCGAACUGGAAGUCUUUCGGGAGGGCAGAGGAAGCGUCUUGCUAUUGCUUUGGAGCUGGUGAACAACCCUCCAGUUAUGUUUUUUGAUGAGCCUACCAGUGGCCUGGACAGUGCAUCUUGCUUUCAAGUUGUAUCUCUGAUGAAAGCUUUAGCACAGGGUGGCCGGUCCAUCAUCUGUACAAUACAUCAGCCCAGUGCCAAACUCUUUGAGCUCUUUGACCAGCUCUAUGUCCUGAGCCAAGGGCAGUGCAUUUAUCGUGGCAAAGUGUUAAACUUGGUCCCCUACUUGAGAGAUUUGGGUUUAAAUUGUCCAACAUACCACAAUCCAGCAGAUUUUGUGAUGGAGGUGGCCUCUGGUGAAUACGGAGACCAGAACAGUCGGCUAGUGAGAGCAGUCCAAGAAGGAAUGUGUGAUGCAAGUUACAAGAGAGACUCUGGAGGAGAAAGUGAACCUAACCCUUUCCUAUGGCACAAACCAUCUGAGGAGGAUUCUUCUUCCAUGGAAGGCUGUCAUAGUUUCUCAGCCAGCUGCGUUACUCAGUUUUGCAUUCUGUUUAAAAGAACUUUUCUCACCAUAAUGAGGGAUUCGGUCCUCACACAUCUACGGAUCACAUCACAUAUUGGAAUUGGUCUACUCAUAGGAUUGCUGUACUUGGGGAUUGGAAAUGAAGCAAAGAAGGUCCUGAGCAACUCUGGCUUCCUCUUCUUUUCCAUGUUGUUUCUCAUGUUUGCUGCUCUCAUGCCAACAGUUCUCACAUUUCCUCUGGAAAUGGGUGUAUUUCUUAGAGAGCAUCUGAAUUACUGGUACAGUCUGAAGGCCUACUACUUGGCCAAAACGAUGGCUGAUGUCCCUUUUCAGAUCAUGUUUCCUGUGGCUUACUGCAGCAUUGUAUACUGGAUGACCGCACAACCCUCUGACGCACUACGAUUUGUCCUGUUUGCGGCUCUGGGAACGAUGACCUCACUUGUGGCUCAGUCACUGGGACUUCUGAUCGGGGCAGCAUCCACCUCGCUCCAGGUGGCAACGUUUGUAGGUCCUGUUACGGCCAUACCAGUUCUCCUCUUCUCAGGAUUCUUUGUCAGCUUUGAUACCAUUCCAACGUACCUCCAGUGGAUGUCCUACAUCUCUUAUGUCAGAUAUGGAUUUGAAGGAGUUAUUCUUUCCAUCUAUGGUUUGGAUCGAGAAGAUCUUCACUGCGACAAAGAUGAUACUUGCCAUUUUCAAAAAUCAGAAGCUAUCCUCAAAGAGUUGGAUGUAGAAAAUGCUAAACUUUACUUAGAUUUUAUUGUGCUUGGAAUUUUCUUCAUCUCCUUACGCCUCGUUGCCUACUUUGUUCUUAGAUACAAAAUUCGAGCAGAGAGGUAGAGAGAUACCAAAUGCAAGAACAAGUGGUUGUGGACUGUCACUAUUUUCCGGAUUGUGGCAGACAAGUUUCCAGUGUCCAGUUGCAAAUGAUGUUGUGAUCUAACCCCUAGAGAACCAUGUCAUGCUGGAUUAGUGGAUGCAUACUUACAGUAACAAGUCCAGUUGGGUUUGGUCAUAUUUCUGUUAUACUUCCUAGCUUAUCUAGGAAGGAAAACAUGAAGGAAAUCUUGUGCAAGAUCUGGAGGAAAACGAUACUAAUCUUGAGAAACAUUUUCUCAUAGAAAGUGUGUUUCUUGUAAGGAGAAUUCUAGUCCUGGCAACAAGAUAGACAAUGGCUGGUGAUCUUUCAUCUGCAUUCUGUCCUCUACCACGUGGAAAUGUGAGGAACGUAGGCUGAUCUUUCCUGUUCCAUCUUAUCCAUCACUCACAAGAAAUUCCCUGUGAAAGCUGAUGUCUACAAAUUCUUCAUACCUUCAGAAAAUAUCUCUCUUUAAAAUGAAUGGAAACAUUUUUAUAGGAUAUAAGUAAUAUGAUAUGAUGUUCUCCUUUACAUACAGGGUUUUAGAUCUUCAUUCUCCUGAGCUGGUCUCAUAUGCCAAAAUCAUGGUUUUAGAGUAACAUGAAAAAUUCUAAGUGAAUGUUUUAGAAAUAUUCUUGAGUGCAACGACCUGUAACCUGGCCACAGAGUACUCUUUUUUAGCAUUUACUUUUGUAAUAUCCUUUCAAUCCAAUUUUCUCACUGUAUUUGAAAUAUCCAUUCUUCAUAUUAACUACCUCCCAUGGUAAUGGAAACUAAGAAUUCUACUGCUGGUGAUUUGUGCAGUCAUAAUGAAAUAGAAUCAAGAGUUUCUUUGGAUGUUUUAAAAUAUUUUAAUAAGGUACAACAGGACAGAAGUCAGGACUGGCACUGCCAGUGGUUCAGGUUCAUGAAUGCUUAGAUUAUAGUAAAAAGUUUCUGUGAUGCAUAUAUGGAUCUCCUAGUUAUAAGUUCAGCAUGCAGAACUCAAACUAUCAGCUCUGUUUUCCACCAGCCCUAACAUAUAUUUCAUAAAACUGGUUUGAUCCAUACUCCCAUCGUAGUUGGGUGCUGAACUAGGUGGCAAACUUGCCUAGUUUCACAAUUUUCAACCACUAUGCAAGCCAAAACUGAAGAUAUCCUUCAAAUUUGCAUAUCUCCCAAAUUUUCCAAUGUAGUUCUACAGUCAAAAGUGUAUAAAAGAAUGUGCAUAUCAGGGAAAUAGUACUAAAUAAGGUAAUGCUAAAUAAUUUCCUAAAUUAUUUUUGCAAAAUUGCCAGCAAAAAUGUGUGUGUUAGAUAAAAAUGCAUGUGCUUAGAGAAAUGUACACAAAAUGCUUAUGAAUGUUCCUGCAGCCUUUUAAAAAACAACAGCUCAACAUGCAGGAAAACUGGAUUUAAGAUUGGGGAAAAUAGGAAAUGUGGAGAACCUGAAAUGGUCCGAUUUGGCCAUACUCCCUCUGUGCUGGACUGUACAAAUUGGUCUAUGGCCAUUUUUGUCACCAGUUUAUCAUUGUAUUUUCCCUCCAUGUUAAGCUGGAAUCUUAAAAACUAUGUUGGAUGACUGGAAACAUAAUUUAAGCAAAAGCAAACUAUUUCCAUUAUUAUUGGCAGGAUUAUGUUUAUGAUUCGGGCUUUACAAUAGGAACCCUAUCUGGAAAACUAACAUGGCAGGAAACAACUUCAGCACUCUAGGUCUAGAAGAGAUGGAAAAGUCCUGUCUACCUCAGUCCAAUUAUUCAACUUGGGACACCAAAUUAUACCGGCUUUACAAAAGAAUCAGAUAAGGUUGCCUUCAGGCCUGGAAUGCUUUUGUUUCAGCAGCCCAGAAACCCAGAGAAUGGGUUAUUCAAAGAAAUUGGAUCACCAUGUGGUUGAAGCUGAAACACAUGCCCUUUGGUGUAAGCAACCCAGCAUUGAACAGACUAUUUUAAGCAGAGAGAUCUCUGCUCAACUCAAGCUGCUCCUUUUCUAAGUUCUAAGACUGAAGGUGAGUCACAGUCUCCCAGAGAGACCAAUGUUAUAUUUAAAUGUACUUUAAGUUUGGAUGGCGCUGUGAAAUCCUUCAGACUGCCAGAGAUAAUUAAAUGUUACUUCCUUUUUUAUGUAUCACAGGACUCAAAUCUACACCAUGAACUAGCAACCCAUAGGCUGGUCCUUAAGACCUAAAUCUAAAAUUAAUGGUGGUUUGCUGUGACAGUGACUGCUUUGUGUCGAUGUGUUCUGGGCACAGUUUAAAUUACUGAACAUUUUCUUAUCAAGUUGAGGUCAAUGUCUCUGAUGCAUUCUCAUAAGUAAGGAUAAGUAAUACGUUACAAUUUUAGAGGCUCAUUAAAUUAAGUGGAAUCCUAGCAAUUGCUGGGCAUUUAAUCAUAAUGCAGUGUAUUGAUCAUUAUGCAUAUACUUCCCAUUCGUUUACAGCAUCUCAUAAAUGUACCAGAUUAUUAAUGGAGCUAGAAGAGCUGUUUGCAUUAUAUAUAAGCAAAUAUAAUGUUUAACCCAAAAUAACAAUCCAUAGUGUUUUAUUUUGGUGCCUUCUUGUACCAGGAAGCUUAUACCUUUUGGCAUAAUUCAGUGCUGGUUUUGAACACAGUGAUCAUGCUAAAUUGGAAAGCUAUGUGUGAAAUUCUUAUCCCGCCCUUAGAAAUUGGUCUGGUGAGAAACAGAGUUGGUACAAAACAGUGUGUUGGUGGAAGGCAAAAUAGAAAUGUAGAUUCCCUUCCAGAAUGUGUUUACACUUUAGGAAACAAUCAUAUGUGCGAUUAGACUGAAACAAAGUCCUACAACUCCCAGCAUUCCCUGGACAGGCAUGCUAACUGGAGGAGGCUGGGAGUUGUGGGACUUUUUUUCUUGUCUAAACUUUCAUGGGAUUGCAUCCUUACUGUUCAAAGCUGGCAACAGGAUGUUCUAGUCCCUCUUUAUGUCAUUCUUUUUAAUUAUGCUCAUAUGGGACCAUGGAUCAUUUCUCAGUGGAGGAAGGUGCCAGGGAGUUGUCUGUAUAUUUAAGUAGAUACCAUUUAUCAUAAUAUCUCAAAUCUUCUCAUGGAUAACACCUUCUGUGUAUUGCCAUGAAGAAGCAAAGGGCUAAAGAUGAAUCACACGGGAGAUAAUUUUAAAGUAGUAUCUUGAGUAUUGGAAUAGUUAUAAUUUUUUCAAGCAUGUAAAUAAAAAGGAUAUAUAAGGCAUAAUGCCACUGAUACUGCUGCUCCAUUUCUUCCAUUGAUUUCAAUGGAAUUGUGUAGGAUUCCAUCCAAAUUAGAAAGAUAGGAGAACGUGCAGUAGCAAUGCAUAACAGUUUAUGUCCCUGCUUUGGAAACAUUGUGAUGUUCUACAGUGACAAAGCAUGCAUUCAACUUGCAAUUCAAUGGUAUUAACAAAAGGAGAAUGGCAUUAGUUUUUUUGUCCUGCUUGAUCAGCUUUAGGAAUGUUUCACCUCAGCCUGGAAUUGCUAUACUGUCACUUGUGCCUCUAUAUUUGUGUUCAUCAAUCAAUUUUGUCCCAUUUGUUUCUCUAAUAGCAUAAUCUCAUGUACAGUAUAGUAUUGUUCUAUUUUAGAAUUCCCAAGAUACUGUCUAACAUGGCAUACUCGUCAUCACUUCAAGGCUAUUGGUGGAACCCUAUAGCUAAGCAUUUACUGUAGAAUUAUGCUAACAAUCGUAAAGAAUAUUUUUGGACAAUAGUAUCCCCAUAAAAAGAACCCACGGGUUCAACAAAGGUUUUUUGUUUGUUUUUUGUAAAGGCAAAAUGUAAUGACUUCCUAUUAAGGUUGUCUCUCCUGAGUUCUUUUUAGGUUCACAUAAAAUAGUGCAUCCAAUCUUUUCAGGGUUUGUAGCUACAAAAAUUAAUAAAAAGGAAAGCAUUGCCUUGUUCUAUUAUA